UUAUCAUGAAAGCGUGGGAAGCCACGGUUCGGAAGACUCAGGCCGCGGCGAAGAAACGAGCCCACAACAUAUUCGGAUCGAGCGCCAAUAGUAAUAAUCAUGUGUCUCAUAACGACGAUGAUACAUCCACGACAGGAACCGAUAUGUCCGAAGAGGAGAGUUGUAGCGCGGCGGGAGAAGUAUAUCAUGCUGAUCGAGUGCUCGCGAAUGGAGACUAUUACACGGGCCAUUGGUCCGAUAAUUUCCCACACGGGCAUGGGAAAUACAUUUGGGCCGAUGGUUGCAUGUAUGUCGGGGAAUGGUUUCGAGGGAAGAAAAUGGGGAGAGGUCGGUUUAGUUGGCCUAAUGGUUCGACGUACGAGGGGGAAUUCAAGAGCGGAAACAUGGAUGGGAAGGGAAUCUACACAUGUUCGUCGAAUGGCGGUAGCUAUAAAGGAACGUGGGUAAUGAACAUGAAACACGGCCACGGAGUUAAGCGUUAUAGCAACGGGGAUAGUUACGACGGGGAAUGGUGUCAUGGGCUUCAAGAAGGUCAAGGGAAAUACUCGUGGACGAACGGGAAUUGUUACAUGGGAGAAUGGAAAAACGGGAUGAUUAAUGGGAAAGGAUCUUUCAUAUGGGUUAUCGGGAAUCGAUACGAUGGAAAUUUCGAAGAUGGAUUUCCUAAAGGAAGUGGAACAUUUCGUUGGGAGGACGGGAGUUUUUACGUUGGGAAUUGGAGUAAAGAUCUUACGGAACAAAACGGUACUUAUUAUCCUUCCGGUGGCACUGCACCGGAAGGAAACUUCGAAUGGGACCCUCACGAGGUUUAUAAUGUAUACUUAAAAGAUCUCAAAAUUUGUCCUAACGAGAAAGUGUUGAUUCUACCGUCGCAAAAGAAACUCGCGGUUUGGAGGUCGUCUAAGGCUGUGGAUCCCUCGGCGGCUAAGCCGAGGCGAAUGUCGACCGAUGGGAGAUUAGAGGCCGGUCAAGAUAAAGAUGCGGGUAAUAUUAGAAUGUUGGAUAAUUUAAUGGAUCCGAGUGGAGUCGGUUCUCCUUGGUUAGAUACGACAAGAGCUAGCCCGAUCCGUAUACCUAAAACGGUUAGGCGACAAGGUGACCCUAUUUCAAGAGGGCAUAAGAAUUUUGAUCUUAUGCUCAAUUUACAAUUGGGUAUUAGACAUUCAGUUGGAAGACCAGGUCCGGCACCAACCCUAGAUUUGAAGUCAUCAGCAUUUGAUCCGAAGGAGAAGGUUUGGACAAAAUUUCCUUCAGAAGGUUCCAAACAUACUCCACCACACCAAUCAUGUGAAUUCAGAUGGAAAGAUUACUGUCCUUUGGUUUUCAGGUCUUUGAGGAAGUUGUUCCAGGUGGAUGCAGCAGACUAUAUGUUAUCGAUUUGUGGAAACGAUGCCCUUCGAGAACUCUCCUCGCCCGGUAAAAGUGGGAGUUUUUUUUACCUCACAAACGACGACCGAUACAUGAUUAAGACGUUAAAAAAGACCGAAGUGAAAGUGUUAAUAAGGAUGCUUGCAGCAUACUACAACCAUGUUCGCGCCUUUGACAACACAUUAGUCACGAAAUUCUUCGGCCUUCAUUGCGUUAAGCUAACCGGCCCUGCCCAAAAAAAGGUACGAUUCAUAAUUAUGGGGAAUUUAUUUUGUACGGGCUACUUCAUCCAUAGAAGGUUCGAUCUCAAGGGUUCCUCGCUGGGUCGAACGACGGAUAAGCCUGAAUCAGAGAUCGACCCAACAACCAUUCUCAAAGAUCUCGACCUCAACUUCAUUUUUCGACUCCAAAAAACAUGGUAUCAAGAUUUCCGAAGGCAAAUAGAUAGAGAUUGCGAGUUUCUCGAACAAGAGAGAAUCAUGGACUAUAGUCUCCUCGUUGGCCUUCAUUUUCGAGAGACCGCGAGCGAUGGAGACAAUGUCCAUUCCGUUCCUCAAACUCCACGCGAUAAUGGUGAUCCAGACUCGGAAGACCCUUGCUUUACUCGACCAGACAUGGAUCAUCUUCUACUAGAUCCCGCAGGGUGGGCUAGCAUUAGGCUUGGUGUUAACAUGCCGGCAAGAGUAGAGAGGAGUGAAAGGAGAAACGAUUGCGAGUUUCAGCUUGUGGGCGAGCCAACAGGUGAAUUCUACGAUGUCAUUGUAUUUUUCGGUAUCAUCGACAUAUUACAAGACUACGACAUCACCAAGAAACUCGAGCAUGCGUAUAAGUCGAUUCAAUAUGAUCCGACAUCUAUAUCAGCAGUCGAUCCAAGACAAUAUUCGAGGCGAUUCAGGGACUUCAUAUUAAAAGUAUUUGAGGAAGACAAUUGAAGAAUAAGGUUUUU